AUGGUGUUUGUGUUGAACCUCACUACCCUUCCCUGCCCUCAUAAACAUCAUUGCCCUCGUGCACCCUCACCCUCCUCACUGCCCUCCCAUGCCCUCACCCUCCUCUCUGCCCUCCCAUGCCCUCACCCUCCCCUCUGCCAUCUCAUACCCUCACCCUCCUCUCUGCCAUCCCAUACCCUCACCCUCAUAUCUGCCCUCCCAUACCCGCACCCUCCACUCUGCCCUCCCAUGCCCUCAUCCUCCUCUCUGCCCUCCCAUACACUCACCCUCCUCUCUGCUCCAAACCCAUACCCACACCCUCCUCGCUGCCCUCUCAUACCCUCACCCUCAUCUCUGCCCUCCCAUACCCGCACCCUCCUCUCUGCCCUCCCAUGCCCUCACCCUCCUCUCUGCCCUGCCAUGCCCCCACCCUCUUCUCUGCCCUCAAAUGCCCUCACCCUCCUCUCUGCCCUCUCAUGCCCUCACCCUCCUCUCUGCCGUCUCAUAAACUCACCCUCCUCUCUGCCCUCCCAUACCCUCACCCUCUUCUCUGCCCUCCCAUGCCCUCAACCUCCCCUCUGCCCUCACAUGCCCCCACCCUCCUCUCUGCCCUCCCCAUGCCCUCACCCUCCUCUCUGCCCUCUCAUACCCUCACCAUCCUCUCUGCCCUCCCAUCCUCUCACCCUCCUCUCUGCCCUCCCAUACCCUCACCCUCUUUUCUUUCCUCCCAUGCCCUCACCCUCCUCUCUGUCCUCCCAUGCCCUCACCCUCCUCCCUGCCCUCACAUGCCCUCACACUCUUCUCUGGAAUCCAUACCCACCCCACCAUAGGCGAUGGACACAGGAAGAGUCACCCACACAACGAUGGCAGUACAGCGUCAACUGA